AUGCUCAGUUCGGUGUGUGUAUCCUCUUUUAAAGGGCGCAAGGGUGGGAACAAGUCGUCCAACAAAGCAUGUUACAGCGCAGACAUGACUUGUCCGUCGGAAAGCGAGAAAAUCGUAAUAAACUGCGGGGGGGUGCGGCAUGAGACCUACCGGAGCACCCUAAAAACCUUACCAGGUACCCGCCUGUCGUGGCUCACCGAGCCGGACGCAUUCAGCAACUUCGACUACGACCCCAAAUUAGACGAGUUCUUCUUCGACCGCCACCCGUCGGUGUUUUCCUUCAUCCUCAACUAUUACCGCACCGGGAAGUUGCACUGUCCCAACGAUGUGUGCGGUCCCCUGUUCGAAGAGGAGCUGGCUUUCUGGGGCAUCGACGAGACGGACGUGGAGGCGUGUUGCUGGAUGAAUUACAGGCAGCACCGGGAUGCGGAGGAGGCGCUGGACAGCUUUGAGAAUCCAGAACCGGACGCACCGGACGACGAGCCGGCGCUGGGCGGUGCUGACGGGGACUUGAAAAGACUGUGCAUGCAAGAGGACGCGAGGAAAGCAGGCUGGUGGAAAACCUGGCAGCCACGAAUAUGGGCUCUGUUUGAAGACCCGUACUCCUCCAAAUACGCCCGGUAUGUGGCAUUUGGCUCCCUUUUCUUCAUCCUCAUCUCCAUCUCCACUUUCUGCAUGGAAACGCAUGAGGCCUUCAACACCAUCCUCAGCAAGACAGAGAACGUCACGGUGGGCAACAUCACCCGUGAAGAGAUUGUAUACGAGGUGGUGACUGACAGCUGGUUGACGUACGUGGAAGGCGUGUGCGUCAUUUGGUUCACCAUUGAGGUCCUGCUGCGAGUCACCUUCUGCCCAGACAAGCUUGAGUUCUUCAAAAGCAGCCUCAACAUCAUCGACUUCGUGGCCAUCCUGCCCUUCUAUCUGGAGGUGGGCCUGAGUGGGCUGUCCUCCAAAGCUGCCAAGGAUGUCCUGGGCUUUCUGCGUGUUGUUCGGUUCGUCCGUAUCCUCCGAAUCUUCAAGCUGACCCGCCACUUUGUGGGCCUCCGUGUCCUGGGCCACACCCUGCGAGCCAGCACCAAUGAAUUCCUCCUGCUUAUCAUCUUCUUAGCCCUUGGUGUCCUCAUCUUUGCCACCAUGAUCUAUUAUGCUGAACGAAUUGGCGCAGACCCAGAUGACCCAACAGCCAGCGCCCACACCGCCUUCAAGAACAUUCCCAUUGGGUUUUGGUGGGCCGUUGUAACCAUGACCACGCUGGGCUAUGGAGAUAUGUACCCGGAGACGUGGUCAGGGAUGCUGGUGGGUGCUCUAUGUGCCUUGGCUGGUGUGCUGACCAUCGCCAUGCCUGUACCUGUAAUUGUCAACAACUUCGGCAUGUACUACUCUCUGGCCAUGGCCAAACAAAAGCUGCCCAAAAAGAAAAACAAACAUAUUCCCCGAGCACCCCAACCAGGGUCCCCCAACUACUGCAAGCCAGACGCCCUGGCUAUGGCUACUGCAUCACCACAAAGGCUCUUGGGAAAUGUCCUAGGAGGAGUGAUGGGGCCUGGAGGCCUCGGGGGAGAUUGUCCUCUAGCCCAGGAAGAAAUUAUAGAGAUUAACAGAGAUUCCAAGCAGAACGGUGAUGCAGCUUCGGCCGCCCUGGCUAACGAGGACUGUCCCAACAUCGACCAGGUGCUGAGCCCAGACGAGAGGAGCCCCAUUGGGCGAGGGCCUACCCGGGAACGCUACCAGCAGGACCGUGCCUGCUUCCUGCUCAACACCAGGGAAUUCCGCGCCACAGAUGGGAAUGUGCGGAAAGGUUGUGUCAUAUCACGCGUGUCAACAGGCUACGAAAAAUCUCGCAGUCUCAAUAACAUAUCAGGAAUGGCCGGGUCAUCACUGCGGCUCGCUCCUAUCACUAGCCCCCCCUUUGAAACCUAUGAGGCCCCAGGACCACUGCGCCGCUGUCGCUCCCCCAUCCCCUCCAUUUUGUAG